GCGCUAUAAAAAGGGGAACCCUGCAACCUGCCUUGCCCAUCCAGCCACCGUGCGAACCCAGUCACACAAGACAGAGACGUCGCUAAAGCUCCACCAGCUAGCUGCUCCGUCACGAGCUGCUCCUUAGCUAGCUGCAGCAGAGCCUCUGCCGCCAUGGCGUCCCGUUCCGCUCUGAUCGCGCUGCUCGUCGCCGUGAGCUGCGCCGCGGCGGCCUCGGCGGACACGUUCACCGUCGGCGAAACGCAGGGGUGGAGUCUGGGCGUCGACUACACCACCUGGGCCAACGGCAAGACCUUCAAGGUCGGAGACAUGCUAACGUUCAACUUCGCCACCGGGAGCCACGAUGUGUUGGAGGUCUCCAAGAGCGACUACGACGCCUGCAACGCCGGCAACGCCAUGAACACCAUCCAGAACGGCCCGGCCACCGUCACCCUCACCGCCGGCAGCCACUACUACAUCUGCGGCAUCAGCGGCCACUGCGGCGGCGGCAUGAAGCUCGCCGUCAGCGUCGGCUCCGGCUCCCCCUCCCCCUCGACGCCGUCCGCCCCCGGCACCCCAACGCCCACCACCCCGACGCCCACCACCCCCGCUAGCCCCUCCCCGAGCGCCGCACCCGCUCGCCGCUCGGCCGGCCCCGCCCUCGCCGCCGCCGCCGCCGGCGUGCUCCUCAAGCUCGCCAUGUUCUGAUCGCCGGUCACCACCGGAGAUGUACGGCGCGGCCUGGCUGUUUGCGUGGCCAGGGUAGAGGCAGUGCAGGAUUGUUACUAUUCUUGAGCGUUUCCAUCUGACGGCCGGCGUACGUGUACCUAGUACUGUUGAUGAUGCUAGCCUUUGCUGUUCCGCUUUGUGUUCGAUCACUUGCGAGUGUAGUAGUUGGUGACUUGGAAUAAUUUCAUUGUUUUUUCCCAUCCAUGGAUAUAAUUUGCAUCACUUUUGCUAUGA